GAAGAAUUAAGAGAAAUUGUAACUCGUGCUGUUAAUACGUCAGUGGAUACAUAUUUUGGGAAUUCAGAGGCAUUGGAAAGAUUGAACAGAAUUUGUACACAGUUUAAUGAUGCCUUUGAAGGGGUUCGCAGUGUUAACAAUGUAAAAGAGGCAAAAUUUGAAAUUCACCUUAGCAAACAAAAAAUUGCUGAAAAUAUAGAUGACUUAAAAAAGAAACUUUCACGAAGUUCCUCCGAUCACGCUCUUGAAUUACUCGAGAGGUUGAACAGUUUAUCAACAAAAGAUUUAAAAUGGUAUGAUCCACUUGCUAGCCAGGUGAUAAGUGACAAGUUUAAAUUAGUUCAAAACCUGGAAGAGACAUCAGAAAAAUCUUUUAUGGAGCCAUUUAAUAAGAUGCAAGUAGAAAUAUCUCUCAAUAUUCAAAAUAUAUGUACUAACUUUGUGGAAAGUUUUCAUGAUGACGAUAUGGAGGAUUUACCACAAAAGCCUUCUCAUGAUAAUUCUUGGAGGGAAGAUGAGGUGACUCUAGCGAAUGUUGCAGAAAAUAUUCUUAGUUUUUUAAAUAGUAUUUGGAGAAACUCGGCUUUUGAUGCCGAGUUUGCGAGUGACCAGAGUGAGGGGAUCUAUGUAACUGAUGUAAUAGUUCCUCUCAUUCAUGAGCUAGAAUCAACUAAUUUAUAUUUUUUGUUUAGUGCCAAAAGACAAAGUUUGGCAAGCGCAGACAGAAGAGGGAGUGGUAAACAACCUGACAUAAUAUUUUUAGAGAUGCAUCGCAAAAAGAUAUAUGAACUUAUAUAUGUUGAGUGUUCGCAUCUAAUAUGCACUGGGCAUAAGAAAAAAGACAAUAAAGUAAAAUUAUGGCGUGAAAUGAACGACGGAUUGUGCUAUAUUUAUAGAAGUUGCAUACCUGCCAGAAAUGAAUUUAGAAUUCUUGGUCUACAGGUUGCGG